UCUGCUGUCUGGCUGCAAGCCGUGGGCCCCAUCACCUCUGGCGCAUCCGGGUCAGUGUGGCAGGCUAUGGGAUGGAUGAAGCUGAGCAGGACCAGUAUGAAGCUCGCCUCAAGGAGCUCUUUGACAGCUUUGACAGCACAGGCACAGGGUCCCUGGGGCAGGAGGAGCUCACUGACCUCUGCCAUGUGCUGCACCUGGAGGAGGUAGCCCCGGCGCUGCAGCAGACCCUCCUCCAAGACAACCUCCUAGGCAGGGUCCACUUUGAUCAAUUUAAAGAAGCACUUAUCCUCAUCUUAUCCAGAACCCUGUCAAAUGAAGAGCACUUCCAAGAACCAGAUUCCUCCCCGGAAGCACAGCCCAAGUACAUCAAAGGCGGCAAGCGCUAUGGUCGACGGUCCCUGCCGGAGUUCCAGGAGUCCGUGGAAGACUUUGCUGAGGUGACUGUCAUCGAACCACUGAGUGAGGAAGCGUGUCCCCCACACAUCGCCUCCAGUGGCUGUGAGGAGCACUGGAAGACACGAGACAGCGAGGAGUAUGAGGCUGAGGGGCAGCUCCGCUUCUGGAAUCCUGAUGACCUGAAUGCCUCCCCUGGCACCUCACUGCCCAGCCCAGACUGGAUAGAGGAGAAACUGCAGGAGGUCUGCGAGCACCUUGGCAUCACCAGGGAUGGCCACCUGAACCGGAAAAAGCUUGUCUCCAUCUGUGAGCAGUAUGGGCUCCAAGCAGCAGCUGGGGAGGUGCUUGAAGAGGUACUCCAUAACCUGGAGCAAGAUGGCACCAUGAGCAUAGAGGACUUCUUCUAUGGCUUGUUUAAAAAUGGAAAGCCACUGACACCCUCAGCAUCUACACCAUACAGACAACUGAAACGACACCUUUCCAUGCAGUCCUUCGAUGAAAGCGGGAGGCGCAUGAUCACCCACUCUGCCAUGUCCAGUACCAUUGGCUUCUGCCUCUUCUCCAGCCUGGAUGAUGGGAUGGGCUAUGGCUGUGUGGAGGGUGUCCUUGACUGCUGGCACCAGGAGGGCAUAGAGAACAGCCAGGAGAUCCUGAAGGCUUUGGACUUCAACUUGGAUGGGAAGGUGAACCUGACAGAGCUGACACUGGCUCUGGAAAAUGAGCUUUUAAUAACCAAGAAUGGAAUCCACCAGGCAGCCCUGGCAAGCUUCAAAAUGGAGAUCAGACACUUGCUGGAGAGAGCUGACCAAGUGGCCAGGGAGAAAGAGAAACUGCGGUCGGACUUGGAAAAAGCUGAAAAGUUGAAAUUCCUGAUGGCCUCCGAAGUGGACGACCACCACGCUGCAAUUGAGCGCCAGAAUGAGUACAACCUCAGGAAGCUGGAUGAGGAGUACAAAGAACGAAUGGCAGCUCUAAAGAAUGAGCUCCAGAGAGAGCGGGAGCAAAUCCUGCAUCAGGCUAACAAACAGCGGCUGGAUCUGGAGCAGGAGAUAGAAAAGCUGAAAAAUGAUGAGAACUACAUCCGUGACCGCCUGGCCCUUUCCCUGAAGAAAAACAGCCGCCUGGAAAGCGAGCUGUUGGAAAUGGGAGAAAAACUGUCCAAGUAUGAAAGUCUGGCAAGCAAACUACAGAGGAACUUGGAAAAUGUCCUGACUGAGAAGUUUGGGGACCUGGAUCCUAGCAGCACAGAGUUUUUCCUGCAGGAGGAGAGGCUGGCACAGAUGAGAAGCGAGUACCAGCAGCAAUGCAGAGAGCUGCAAGACCAGAUAGAUGAGCUGCACUCGGAGCUGGAGGAGUACCGUGCCCAAGGCAAAGUGCUCAGGCCUUCCCUGAAGAACUUGCUGUCGGAAGAGUUUGACAUUGAUAUGAAAAGUCAUGGCAAUAGUGGUAUUGAGCCUGACCAAGGACUUGGUUCAGAAGACUGCAACCCACUAAAUAUGAGCAUAGAGGCAGAAAUGGCUAUUGAGCAAAUGAAGGAGCAACAUCACAGGGAUCUACAUCACCUCAAACAGGAGCUUGAAGACACAGUGAGCCAUUAUGAAAAGCAGCUAGAUGAGACAAAAAUCCACUCUGAAAAGGAGCAGGAGGAUAUGAGGAAAAAGUACACUGAAGAGAUGCAUGUCAUGGAAAAGCAAAUAACUGGUCUUAAAAAUCAAAUUGUAGAACUGCAAGGAGAAGCAGCAGUGCUCAGAGAACAGCAGGAAAAACUUGACUGUAAGCACAAUGAUGAGAAAAACAAAUUACAAAUGCGUUUUGAUGAGGAAAAAGCCAAUCUGCAAGAACUACUGAGGCAGGAGCAUGAAGAAGACAUUAGAGCCAGACUGGAUCAGAUAAAUGAGAAGUUUAGUCAAGAACGGGAAGAACUGAUUCAAAAUGGUGUCUGGGUGGAAGAAAAGAUGAGAGUUUUAGUGCAGACACUGCAGGAAGAGAAGGUAGAGCUGGAACGUGGCUUUCAUGAGCAGCUGAAAAGGAUAGCUGAGGUGCAUGCCCUGGAGAAGGAAGAGCUUCAGCAAGAGCUGCUGAGGAAGCAUGAGCAGGACCUGGAGGAGGAAAGAUGUGAAGCUGAGAAGCUCAGAGAAGAAAAUACUAUUCUGAAAAAUGAAGUGACUUUAUUGAAUGAGGAGGGUAGUGCUUCCAGCCUGAAACUGAGGGAGCUAAAUGGGUCCCAAGAAGAAAUGCGGCAAAAGAUAGAAGCUGUGAGAAAGGAGAAAGUGGCUGUACAGAAGAUGUUUGACAACCUGAAAAAGCAGGUAGCAGAUCUGAAGACCAGAAACCAGCAGCUGGACUCUGAAAAUACAGAACUUAGCCAGAGGAACUCCAAAAAUCAAGCAGAUGUGCAGGAUCUUAAUCAACAGCUGGCAAGGGUGCUCAAGCAAAAGGAAAGAGAAUCGGGAAAGUGUACCCUGGAAGAAUGGGAAAAGGAAAGACUGGUACUAAAAGAGGAACUGGAAAACUCCAAAGUAAAGUCAUCAAAUAUGGUGUCUUCCUUGGAGAUGGAGCUGUCAAAAAUGAAGGUUCAAGCUCGCAUGCUGGAGCAGGAGAACCACAUUCUCAAGCAGGAACUUGAGAAGACAAAACAGCUGCCCAGAUGUCCUGAUUUCUCUGACCUUCAGAAUGAAGUUUCGAGCUUAGUUUCUAAAAAUGAAAAGCUGCAGAAAGAAAAGGAAGCCCUGAGUGAGGAAUUAAACAGAUGUAUUGAUAAGGUGGCUAAAGCAAGCUGCUUAGAGAAUGCAGUUGGCAGCUUGAAGCAGGAACAGAAGUCCUGGGAACAGCAGAGUCAGACACUGAAAAUGCAGCUCACAGUUUCACAAGAAAAGGUUCAGAGUCUAGAUGAAACACUGCAAAAUACAAACCUUCAGGUGUCCCGACUAAAAUCAGACAUACGAGUGAUGCAACAGGAGAAGGAAACUCUGAAACAAGAAGUGAUGUCUUUACACAAGCAACUGCAAAAUGCAAAUGAAAAGAAUCGGGUUCUAGAACUGGCUGUGCCUUCCUCAGGGCUGCAGGACCAACAGCAGCAAAUACACUGGGAUAAGCUGGACCACCUGAUGAAACAGGAGCAGCAGCUGCUCAGGCAGGAGAAUGAGAGGCUGCAGAGAGAAGUGCAGAGUGCUAAAACUGACCUGACUCACUCCAGGGAGAAGAUCCGACAGUUGGAAUCUACUAUCCUUUCCCUCAAGCACCAAAAGCAUCAAAGCCAGUUGGGCAUCAUCAAAGCCAUAGAGCAAGAGAAAUUAAGCUUGAAGAGAGAGUGUGAACAGCUUCAGAAGGAGUUGUCAUCUGCAAAUAGGAAGAUCAGUCAGAUGAAUUCUCUUGAACGUGAACUGGAAACCAGCUCAGAAAAUGAAGGGCUAAGGAAAAAGCAAGUCAAACUGGAUGAUCAGUUAAUGGAGAUGCUCCACUCAAACACCAGUGUGAUACUUAGCCACUCACCACACUCCCUGGAGCUCCAGCAGCAAGGCUGUGCUAUGGUGCCCAAGGAACAGUUCCUGCAGCUCCAACACCAGCUACUGCAAGCAGAGAGGAGGAGUCAACGUCUUCAGGAAGAACUUGAAAAUAGACCCUCUGAAACAAACAUGCAACAGGGGGGUCAUGAGCAGCUUCUAAAAAUGAUGGAAGAACGAAUGAUUGAUGUUGAACAGAAACUAAGGCUUGUGAAGAGGCUUCUCCAAGAUAAAGUAAAUCAGCUGAAAGAACAACUUUCCAAGAACACUAAAGCAGAUGCAAUGGUCAAGGAUCUCUAUGUUGAGAAUGCACAACUGCUGAAGGCUUUGGAGAUGACAGAGCAGCGGCAGAGAACUGCUGAAAAGAAAAACUAUUUACUAGAAGAAAAAAUUGCCAACCUCAAUAGGAUAGUAAAGAACUUGGCAUCCCCAUCAUUUCAUUCAGCAUCCGAGAUAAGGUCAUAGCAAAGACAUGCAGUAUGUCACAGUCCCGUGCACUUUACUAAAAUAAUUUUUUAGCUUUUCACUGUGUUGCCUUUUUGUAUUGGUGAAUUUUAGUUAACGGGUACCUCCAAGGAGAGGACAGAGCUAAAUCCCAAACCAGACACUGCCAAAACUGAACUUUUGUUUAUUCCCAAACUGGUUUUCUGCUAAGUUUUGUAUAAAAGUAAUCUUUGCUAUGUAAAAAGAACAAGCCAUGGUUUUUUAGGUUAACUUAUUUUGAUAAUUUGUUUUUAAUUUAAACUAUAAAUUCUGAAUUUACUGUACUGAAUCAAUUAUUCAUAUCUAGAUUGAAGCCAAGGUCUAAUGCAAACCUGCAUUACUGAAGUCAAACCUUUAAAAUACUUUUGGCUUUCUAGAAUACUUCAUGCUCCAAAGCCAGUAAUAUUUGAUAGGUGAGUCUUCAACACUGUUAGUAUAAUUGGUAUUGAAAGCAAGACUUUCCUGAUAUGGUUUGUGUCCUGCAAACUGAUUCUGGUUUCUGUAAAGCAAUAUGCUCCACUUGGUGCAUUGGGCUUCUGGGUUAUUUCUCAUGGUUAUUUUUCUGCAGAGCUCAGAGAAAAAAAAAGUUUUCUUUAAAAUAUGUAAAUAGACUACUGCUUCCAAGCAAGUGUAACCGUGCUUCAUCUGAAGAAUUUUCCCAGCUGGCAACUGAAGACUGCUAUUCUUUUUUUAUCUUUUUUUUUUUUUUAAGCUGUGCUGCCAGACAAUGUAAAAAUUGUAGAGGCCUUAAUUUUUUUUUUGCAUGUGGAGAUAAGUUACUAAAGAAGGGAAGAGUCAUUAAGCUGAAGAUGGGAGUUUUGCUUAUAUAAUUUACAAAUUCAGUAAAGCAGCAGGACAUGUUUAUUAAAGAAGAAGAAUGAAGAGGAGGAUUUGAAUAAUUUCAUCAGUGAAAUCCCAUCAUUAGGCCUCACAGAUGGGGACCUUUGCCAUUAACGCAGUGUUUGUUUCAAUCUGAGUGGUAAUUUGGAAAGGCCUGUCUUUUGCAUUAGGCCCUAGUAUAGAAUCUAAGUUUGUAAUUAAUUGUGAGGAAACAUUCAAUGUGACUAUGAAGAACUCAGGGAAUAACAGCCUAAAUCAGUUUUCCUUAAAUGUUAUAAAUGUGGAUAUUAAUGUCAGUGGAUGAAGAUAAAUAUGCAUUGGGAAAGGUAGGGCAAAACAAACUGCACUUGGAUGAGUAUUACCUUAGUACUCCUAGACAAAUAUGCAGAAGUUCUGUGGCCACGAAGGCAGCAGAGCAUCAAGGUCCUAUUUGAUCAGCCCAUGAGGCUGGGGAGAUGCAAGUUUUCUGGGAGCACCUUCAAGACUGAGAGGGGUCUGAAUUGGAAGCAGCUGAAUAAGAACUUGCAUGCUCAAAUGCUUGUAUGUAACCUAUUACUGCAAACAGUCUAAAUGCCCUACAACUGCCUUGCCUCCAUCAGACCAGUAAGACACUAAAACAAUGUAAGUAAAACUAGUGAAAGGGGCCCUACUGGCAGUGCUUCAAACGGAACCUCUUCAUAUACACGUGAAUUGAGAAUACAGAGGAGGAGAGUAGAUAGUUUGUCUCUGAGACCACUAGUGAGGUGACAGUUCUGACUGUACUUGUAAUGAGCCAAAAGUCCCCCAGAAACAGGGAUAAUACUGUCUACAAGCUCAGUAUUGAUCAGCAUGUGGCUGUAGGGGGUGCUCCCUAUGUCCAAGUGGUUAUUUACCAGUUUUGGAGGGUUGAGGGACUGAACUAGACACACAGGGUUAUGACCUCCUCCUCCCUUCCUUUCUGCAGGGAAUAGAGUGGAAAUGGAAAUAUGAUCAUAUAAGAAGAACACAUUGGAGUAUCACAAAGUCUAAAAAUUACUUCACUGCUCUGCUAUUCUAAAUGCUUUUAGUGUGCAUUUUUCCAAGUAAUCUCAAAUUCAGGGAUUUAUAUAUCCCACUUCUCAGAGGCUGCAAAAAGUUUUUCGCUGUGUGUCAGCAAUAUGGUAACUGAGCAAAAUUCCAAAAUACUUCCAGGAAACAAUCUUAAGCAGGUUCAGAUGAUCAGCACUGUCUUUUGGAAAAUAUUACUAGCUAGCACAUUUUAACACUACUUCCUAUCUUGACCUAGGUAACCUUCUAACACUCAGUCUGUGACUGGUGUCUGAAUGCCAGUGAGAAGAAGCGGGUUCUUCACUUAAGCUAUUGUGCAAUUAGUUUCACAUUACUCAGUUUUAAAGGUUAGACUACUUAACUAAUUCUUUUAAUCUCCUGGUAGUUACCAGGCUUUUCUAAACCAAACAUACAGACAUUUCUAGAGCACAGUAGCAAAAAGGGAGCCAGGAUGCUUGAAUAGAGAGGGGAAACUGGAGUAAAGGGACUUUUGACUCCUCCCUUUCUCACCUAACUUGCUCUACUUUUCUUUCACUUAGCUUCUAAAAACUAAUCACAGGAGAGAGGAGGAGGAGGAAGAAAAUAUUUGGUAAAUAUUUCUUAGACAAAACAUCCAUUUCAUUGGAACACUUGUGUGAAUUAAUGCUCAGAAGUGCCUUUUGUAAUUACAUAUUGUAGAGCCUUUCUGAACUGUACUGGUUUUGUGGCUACAGGUUAAUUCAGGAUAAUCCCUUCCCAAAAGGAGGGAACACAGAGAAAAGUAGUGCUGCUUACAAGCAAGCGUCACAUUGCUUCUUGGUUCAUUGUGUCAGCUCAGAAGAUAAGCAGCUAGUUUAUAAAGUCCACACUACUGAAAACAACCAUAGAAACACGUAAUUUAUUAAGCAUUAGUGGUCUUUUGUGCAUGAAUGUGUAUCCUAUGCAGUAUAGGCUUUUUAAAGAUACCAAAGUAUUUAUUGGUAUUGUACCAGUCGAAAAUCACUGA